ACUACGACACUAUGAUGAAGAUUUUCAAAACCCCAUCACUACUCCUAUUAGUCACGAUUAGCUUUCUGGUUAUUGCCACCAAUGCUCAAAACACCAACCAAGACUUCCUUGACACUCACAACACCGCCCGUGCGCAGGUUGGUGUAGCGAACAUAGUCUGGGAUGCAGCUGUCGCGGCCUAUGCAUCGAACUAUGCUAAUGCUAGAAAAGCCGACUGCAACCUCGUUCCCUCAGGAGGAACACUAUAUGGAGAAAACCUAGCCAAAGGAAGUACUGCCACGUUCACAGCCAUAGCUGCCGUGAAUCUUUGGGCCUCCGAGAAAAUUUACUACAACUACACUAGCAAUUCUUGCAUAGGUGCACAUGAAUGUAAGCAUUACACGCAAGUGGUAUGGAGUAACUCGGUGAAGAUAGGCUGUGCUAGGGUUCAAUGCAACAACGGUUGGUACUUCGUGAACUGUAACUAUGAUACACCCGGUAAUAAGGCAGGAGAGUACCCUUACUGAUCCUAACCGCGUAUACAGCCAAAAAUAAUUAAUUAAGUAUGAAUAAAUUGCAAUGAAUUGAAGUACUGCUUAUAAAGAAUAUAAAGUAUCUCGUUUAAUCUGUAGAUCGAUCGAUGUAAUAUUCUACCAAUUUUACAUUGAGCGG